AUGGGCUCCUACCCACGGAAUACAGUCCUCGAUCAACUCUCGCUCUCCGAUCGAGACUUUUUCAACAAGUACAGCUUUGGCGAGACUCAGCCAUCGCUAUUUUCUUGUGUCCAUCAUGCCUUCGAAUUUCACGCCCUCUCAUAUCCUCAGCUCCUUGCUGUCGACAAUUUCGGGGACACCAUGACCUAUGCUGAACUCGACCGCCAGGCAAAUUGUUUGGCACGGCAACUUCGAGAUGCGGGAGUUGGUCCUGGUUCUCGCAUCUGUCUACUUGUUGAGCGCUCGGUCUUCAUGGUCGUUGGUAUCGUUGCGGUUUUGAAGAGUGGGGCUGCAUAUGUCCCAUUAGAUGGCAACAUUGUCGCUGAUUCGACGCUUGCACACGUACUUCGCGACUCCGCAUCCAGUCUCGUCCUUACCCUUCGCAAAUAUCUCCCUCGAGUGGCAAACCACCAGACCAUCUGCCUUGAGGAUGCGGUCUGUCAAGUAUCAUCGGGCCAUUGUACAAAACCCGUCGAUCUAUCGACCUCAAGAGAUAGCGCGUAUAUAGUGUACACAAGCGGAACAACAGGGGUACCUAAAGGAGUCGAAGUAAUGCACGGCAACGUUACAAACUUGGUCUGCCUUGAGCCCGGGAAUAUAGAAAUGCGGCCUGGAGCCCGAGUUUCUCAACUGAUGAAUAUAGCUUUUGAUAUGGCAGCAUGGGAAAUUCUGGGGAGCCUCUCUAACGGUUGUACCAUUUGUCUCCGAGGCAAAUCCUCAAAGGAAUGGCGUGCCACAAUGAAAACUGUGGAUAUCGUGAUCGCAACACCUUCAAUGCUUGUCCCCCACGAUCCAUCGGAUUAUCCCAACAUCAAAGCUGUGGCGGUUGCCGGAGAGGUUUGCCCACAACCUUUGGCAGAUAAGUGGGCGUCCUCUGGUCACUUUUAUAAUAGCUGCGGUCCCACCGAGAUAACUAUCGUCAAUACUGUCCAUCCUCAUGUUGCUGGGAAACCCCUGAGCAUUGGCAAACCUACCCCUAACAACAAUGUGUAUAUCCUUGGAGAUAAUCUUGAGCCAUUACCUAUCGGGAAGACAGGUCUUAUGUGGGCUGGUGGUGCUGGAAUCACCAAAGGCUACGUCAAUUUGCCUGAGAAGACGGAGGAAAGAUAUAAAUUAGAUCCUUUCAUGGACGAUGGGUCGUACAUGUUUAAUACGGGCGACCUUGGACGUUGGCGCGAAGAUGGUAGCUUAGAACACCUUGGCAGAAUUGACGACCAAGUCAAGAUUAAGGGAUUCCGGGUGGAGCUUGACGGUGUGUCCGCAGCUAUGGAGACGUGCGCUGGGGUGAAGAAUGCUGCGGCCCUCUUGAUUGGUGACACUCUGUGGGGUUUCUAUACUCCCUCAACCGUGGAAAUCAAAGAAGUAGAAGCAGCAGUUGCCAAGAUCCAGCCAUAUUAUGCCGUCCCAUCGCGAUUUAUCAAGAUGGAUAUGUUCCCCAGUACUGCAAAUGAGAAGACUGACAAACGAGAGUUGCGGCGCCUCGCCCUAGAAGCUCUUGAGUCGACAGAGAAAUCAAUUGUGGAGAAGGUCGUCGUCUCAAGCAGCGAAAAGGAAAAGGCCGAUCUUGUGCAGAACAAUGUCGAGAAACUGUUAUUCGUCCAGGAAGCGAUCUCCGCGCCACCACCCGUCUACCGGCGCCACCCACAAUCACUGGAUCUCGUUCUUGCUCAAGCGGCUGUAACGAAGCCUUCCUUGGCGUCCAGUUCUGAGACAUCUUCUACUAUUGAGCAAGGGCUCGCGUGGGCUGGAUACGAGGACGACGAAAUUCCUGAGAAGACGCAAGGAAAAUACACUCGCAACUUACGCCACCAGAUUUUCACUCUCUACAGGCGGCUGUUCGGUGUUGUAUUCGUCGUCAAUCUUGGGAUUCUCAUCGCAACACUUGUCAAAGGCGGCGCCAAUUCACUUGAACUCGGUCAAAUCGUAAUCGCCAACCUCUUCUGCGCUAUUCUCAUGCGGCAAGACUACGUCAUCAACGCGUUCUUCAAUGUCUUUUGUGCUGUCCCGACUUCAUGGCCCUUGGCAAUUCGUCGAGUUUGCGCUAGAGUAUACCAUAUUGGUGGCCUACACUCAGGAUGUGCUAUCUCGGGUUCUGUAUGGCUCCUCUUCUUCACGGUUGAGGCUACAAGGGAACUCGUUCGCGGAGGACAGAUUUCAAUCGCCACCGUGGCUAUAACGUACUGGAUCCUACUUAUAAUCUUACUCAUAAUAUUCUUCGCCUAUCCGACUCUGCGUACCUCAAAGCAUGACCAUUUCGAGCGAGCACAUCGUUUUCUCGGAUGGAGCUGUACUGCCCUUGUUUGGGCACAGGUGAUACUCCUAAUCAAUGAUUUCAAAGCCCCUGAUCAAACCCUCGGUUCUGCCUUGGUCUCGUCGCCACCAUUUUGGUUGGUAGUAAUAAUGACGGGCUCUAUCAUUCUCCCCUGGAUCAGGUUGAGGAAGGUUCCCGUUCGUGCCGAGGUCUUGUCGAAUCACGCUGUCCGACUCUACUUCGAAUACGUCACUCCCGUACCUGGGACUUUCACCCGCAUCUCAGAGAGCCCUCUAGUCGAAUGGCAUGGAUUCGCUACGGUCCCCGAACCUGGUCAGAAGGGCUACUCGCUUGUCGUGUCCAAGGCCGGCGAUUGGACUAGCAAGCAGAUCGCUGACCCUCCAAAGGAGCUUUGGGUCCGCGGUAUUCCUACAUGUGGCGUUCUACGCAUCGUCCCUCUAUUCCGAAGAGUAGUGUUCGUGGCGACCGGAAGUGGCAUCGGCCCAUGUGCUCCCUGCAUUCUCGAGCAGCGAGUCCCCAUCCGUCUGUUAUGGACCUCGCCCGACGUCCGAAAGACGUUUGGCAACAAGCUUGUGGACUCUAUUCUCGCUGCCUCUCCAGACGCAGUGAUAUACGAUACACGCAAGUAUGGAAAACCAGACAUGGUAAAGUUGGUGUACCGGUUGGUCCGCGAAUUCGAUGCAGAGGCCGUCUGUGUCAUUUCCAAUCAAAAGCUCACCAGGAAGGUGGUCUAUGGCAUGAUGAGCAGAGGUAUCCCUGCUUUCGGUGCGAUCUGGGACUCGUGA